AUGGAUCUGAUGAGGAUUGAGGCACAAAGGUGGAAGACCCUCAACACUGGAGCAGCUCUCCAGUACUUGAGGGAUAAUGUCUUCACGGCCUCUGCUGGAAGCAGGCUCCAGGAAGGAGUCCCACAGGUCCUAGUUUUGAUAAGUGGUGGAAGGUCUUUUGACAGUGUUGAUGCACCAGCCUCUGCUCUCAAAGAGCUGGGUGUCUUGACCUUUGCAAUUGGAACCAGGAGUGCUGAUAGCAAAGAACUGCAGAAGAUAUCCCACGACCCCAGCUAUGCACUAACUGUGUCUGAAUUCACUGACCUUCCCAAUGUCCAACAACAACUUCAGUCCUCCGUGGAGGCUGUGGUUAUCGAGGUCUCCCCAGAAUCACCACCUGUUCCUGUCGAUACUGCCAAAAAGGAUAUCGUUUUCCUCCUGGAUGGUUCUGAUGGCACACGGAAUGGCUUCCCUGCCAUGCUUGAUUUUGUUAAGAGAGUGGUGGAGAAAUUGAAUGUAGGACCUAACAAUGACCGUGUCUCUGUGGUCCAAUACAGCAGAGAUGCAGAGAUCCAUUUCUAUCUGAACACAUACACCACAAGACAGGAUAUUUUGGAUACAGUCAGAGGGCUGAGACAUAGAGGAGGCAGACCCCUCAACACCGGGGCGGCCCUCCAAUACGUCAGGGACAACGCCUUUACAAACUCCUCCGGGAGCAGGCGCCUGCAAGGUGUUCCACAAAUGUUGAUCCUGCUAAAUGGUGGAAGGUCUUUUGACAAUGUAGAUACCCCAGCCUCUGCUCUCAAACAGCAGGGUGUCUAUGUGAUAGGCAUUGGCACAAGGAACUCUGACACUAGGGAGCUGCAGAAGAUAUCAUAUGACCCUAGUUCUGCUCUAUCAGUGUCUGAUUUCACUGACCUCCCCAGUGCCCAGGAACAGCUCUCCUCUGUAAUGAACACAGUGCUAACCAGGGCCACGCCCAUCACACCCAAAAGCUG